AUGACCGGAACAUGGCGUACACUGCUGUUUGCGUCUCUAGUUGCAAAAUUCUAUUUUGCAACGCAGCCGUCAUAUAUCCAUCCAGAUGAAUUUUUUCAAUCGUUCCAGAUCUUGUACAACGACAAUCUACCUUGGGAAGUGCAAGAUGCAUCUAAUAUCAAUAGGUCAGUUGUCCCCCUACUGAUAACACACUAUCCCUCUAUAUGGUUGGGAAACAAGCUGGGGUUUGAACCAAUCCAAAUAUACAUGCUCAGUAGAAUCCAAAUGACUACAUUGUCAUGGAUAAUCACUGAUUGGUGCCUCUAUCGAUUGAUACCAUCCAAGCAUGAAAGAAUAAAAUCUUUGCUCUUUACAACAACUUCUUAUUUGACGCUGGUACAUCAAUCGCACACCUUAUCAAACUCUUUGGAGACCUUACUUUUGCUUUUGACGCUGUAUUUGAUUAACGAUAUAAGAUUUUUCCUUGAGCAACAAGGAACCAAUUACUCAUUAACAAAAUUGGCAAUUCUAGGGACGUUAAUAUCAUUUGGAACAUUUAAUAGGAUAACAUUUGGUGCAUGGAUACUAAUACCAUCAUUUUAUCUUUUUGAGUUUUUCGUCUAUCGCCCGAAACGUUCGUUAGUUCCCAUUGUAUCAUUCAUUUUGACCUCAAUGCUAAUAAUAUUCAUUGACAAAAAAUACUACGACUCACCAUCGUGGACAAUAGCUCCACUAAAUAACUUAAUUUAUAACAUGAAGACAUCAAAUCUAGCUCAUCACGGGCUGCAUUCACGGUUUACCCAUAUCCUUGUUAAUUAUCCACAAAUUGUUGGUCCAUUGAUUUUUUCAAUAUUCCCAUUCAACACAAAUUAUAUUCGUACUAUAUCAUUUCUGUCUGUUGUUUCAGGGUUUUCUAUUUUGUCUAUUUUUCCACACCAAGAAUUGAGGUUUCUUUUACCAUCUGUACCUUUAUUAUCAUCAUUGACCAGCUUUUCUACUUCUCAACAGCCACGGUUGGAAAAGUUUCAAAAGUUGGUACUACCAUUAUGGAUAAUAUACACUGCAGUAAUGUCGCUAAUUUAUGGAUUAUUCCAUCAGGCUGGUAUUGUACCAUCGUUAGUUGAACUCAACAGUAUCCUCCCUGAGAAUGGCGGGUCUUCUGUCUUAUAUUGGAGGACUUAUCCUGCUCCUACGUGGAUGCUAUCACUGUCCCAAAACUUUGAAUACAUAUCUAAAUCUGAUGAUGAUUUGAUUCAGAUACCUGAUGCCUGCAGUGACUACUUUGUCAAUAUGAUGGGUGUAGACUCAGAAAUCGUUUUACAAGUAAAUGAAAAACUGUUCCAGUGUGGAGAGGUUUAUUUAGUUGCUCCAAAGAAUGCCAUGUUACACAUCGAUAGACCAUAUAUUACCAUUUGGGAAUCCUUUUGGCAUCUAGAUUUGGAUCAUUUUGAGUUUCAUAAGUUCGGUAUUGAUACAUUACGUCCUGGUAUUGGAAUAUACAAAUUAUUAUAG